GCGUCUUGCUGGACCCCACUGGUGGGCCAUGCUUCCUUGACUCGCAUAGCCUGCACUUUACGCUUCCUUGGGAAGGACGCCGGGUUUUGGUCGUGGCCUUCACACCUGGGUACAACGGACAGGACUUCGAUUUCUCUCAGCUCCGGGCUUUGGCCAUUGAGGUUUUCUGUGGCAGGGGCCGCCUUUCGGUGGCCUUGCGUGACCAAGGCUUGAGUGUGCUACCAGUUGAUCAUCGUGUUCGCUGCAACGAGCUCCAGGUCGUUCGUCUGGACCUUACAGAUGCACAAGAUGUCUCGGUGUUUUUGGAAAUGUUGUGCACGGCGAAUGUGUGCAUUGCACACUUCGGGCCACCUUGUGGGACUGCCAGCAGAGCCCGUGAACGUCCUCUGCCCCCCGAGUUGGCGCACGUUGCUUCGCCUCCAUUGCGCUCUGACGAGGAGCCUUUCGGCUUGCAGGGCCUUACGGCAUCUCAGGCAGCUCGUGUUCGCUCGGCAAACCAGCUCUAUGUCCUCACUCUUCUGUCGAUAUGGAUACUGUCCUUGCGGGGUUCCUUCGUGAGCUGUGAAAACCCCUCAUCUUCGCUCUUCUGGCGGGUGGCCGAUCUCUUGGCGCAGGAUCUUCCCGACCCGUCGGCAUGGCAUACUUUGGAAGACGUACACUUUCAUGCUUGCAUGUGGGGCUCUGACCGUGCUAAGCGCACCACCUUCCGUGCAACGCCAGGCCUUUGCAGCGGCUUGGCGGUGGAUUGCGAUGGCUCACACGAGCAUGCCUCCUGGACACCGACUGUCACAGCACAAGGCGUGGUCUUUCCUACAGCUGGCGAGGCUGAGUACCCGCGUGAGUUGGCCACGGCUUAUUCCGCUUUUGCUCUUACAGCGCUACAGGCGAAGGGCCUCAGGACCGGACAGUCCCAGCUCGCUUCAGGUGUUCUACGACCACGCGAUCUCCGCGCCUUCACAAAGAAGCGUGUUCCUCCGCUUUUGGCGGAGUACUGGCUGGUGUUGCCGGCAAGCUGCCUUCCCGCGGGGUGGCCCCACAAGGUGUUGCCCAGAUGGGCAGUCUUUCCGAAAAGGGGGGACGAGGUCAUCCUCAUAUCCGGUGAGCACGAUGUCCUGGCUCUGCAGCACUAUGCCAAUCGGCCUUCGACGCUUGUGGCCCUCAAG